AUGGAUUAAAAGUCAAGUUUCAUGGAAGAAGGAACAUGAGUUCUGAUAUCAAGAAGCCUCCCAUAGCUCCAAAGCCAAAACAUGCAUCAGUUCAAAAACCUAUCCCACCACCAGUUGCUCCUAAGCCAGAUGUAGUUCAGGCCAAAGUGUCACCAGCUUCAAAGAAAUUAAAGCCAACAAUUGCUCCAAAGCCAAAAGUCCUUCAAAGUCCAUCUGUGUCUGAAGAGCAGAGACAAAGCAACGUUAAAUCAAAUGGUAUUAACAAUGAUGAAUACCAAGAUGUUGAAUCUGAAAAGGUCAGUUGUAAGCACGAAACAUCGGCCAACAACAAAAUCUCAACAUAUAUCAUUUCACCUUGUUCCUGCAGUUUUGACUGUGAUCACAAGCUUGGAAAUGGGGAUUCCUUUCAGAAAACCCAAAAGGUAAUAGAACAGUUGGAAAACUUGGAAAAUAGGAAAGUGUGUGGGCAGCCAGUUCCUUGUGUAAGAACAAGAUGGAAUUCUUCCAGUCAACAGGACAAGCUUGCUAAAACAAACCAAGUCAUUCUGAGAGCCAGUAUUUUAGAAGACAAGGUUAAAGAUGUCUUGACUCAUAAUCUCUUUGCCAAUGGAUACACUUGCAAACAAGAGAACUCUGAGAAAAGCAUUAGGACGAAAGUUGUUGUAAGCUCUACAGAAUCAAGUGAAAGUGACUUGCCUUUUUCAAAUAUAGAUGGGCCUGCUAGUAAUACAAAAAAACAUAAUUUAUCAGUCAAAGAGCCUGCUGCAGCUCCUUCUCUGGAUGUUGUUCUAAAUAAUCCAGAGCACAAAACCAUUGAUCAUGUGAAAGAAUGCAAUGGUAUGCCACUUGACAAAAGGCCUUUAUCAACAGAACACUGUGGAAGGUCCAAAUUUCCACCACGAGCUCCACCUCCUCUUAAAUCACUUCCAGUUCCAAAACCAAGGAAGUUGCGAACCCAGUGUCUCGUGAGACAAGAUUGUGUGGAUGGCACUGCAGAAAACAAUGGUGAUCAGGUAACUAUAGGUGAUAGUCCUCAAACAAACCUUCAGCAAGGACAGAAUGAAGUGGAUCAAGCUAAUGAUGAAUACAUUAUAUCUAAGACUUUAGAUUCAAAGCAUCAGAAUAUUCAAGAGUGUGAAUCUAAUGUUGGCAGUUCAAGUACAGAUCCGACUCCAACUGGUCUUGAAAAUGAAACUGAAAGUAAGUCUGAGGAAGAUAGUAAUUUUAAAAGGUGCAGUUCCCUGUCAAUGAGCUUACCUAAACAACUGAAACUUAUUUAUGAACAGCUGCCAGUUAAGAAUGCAGCCGUGGAAAAGAACCUUGCUUCCAACACACCAGCUGCAGGUUCGCCAAGAGUUGCUCCAAAAAAGCCUCAAAGAUUCAGCUUGCCCGCAGCUGGCCUGCUUAAGAAAGCUGCUUCUGAGGAAAAACUUCACAGUUCCAAUGACAGCAGCUCUUAUGGUACUUUAGGGCAAGGAGAGACUUCCCAAAAUCAAUCACAGAUUUCAGAAAAACCAUCAUGGAAGUUGGAGCACCCAAUCUUACCUUUUCUAGGAAACCCAGAAUUGCUCAAAACUUCUUUAAGUAAUGACAGUACACAUCCACUCACCAAGCCUAGAGCUAAGUCUUUGUCUUCCGUUGACAUGAACAGAAUAGAAAACCACACUAACGAAAGUCCUAAAAAAAAUACAUUAAAGAAGUUCCUUAACUUUAAACUGUCUGUUUGCGUCAUAAAAAAUGACUUUCAGAAAUUUUUAUCCCGUGGCAGUUUGUCUUUGUCAGGAGACAACAGCACCUCUGAUAUAUUUUCCUGUGCUGGACACUCGACAUCACCAACUUUAGAGAGGAAGAUAAAACCUUCAAAAGCACAUUCCGCUGAUUCCUUCAGUCCGCUGUCCAAGAAAAAACAGAAAAACAAGAGUGACUUCAGUACUGUAAAUAACCCCAGCUCAAAGUCUUUAGAUGACAGUUUGGUAUCACUACAGAGACCACAGGUGGCAUCUUCAGAUGAGAUCCCAGAGCUUGAUAUUCCACAGUAUGAAAAUAUAUGUCACUAUGAAGAAAUCCCGGAAUAUGAAAAUCUGCCAUUUACUGUAGUUUCAGACUUAAAUGAAUGUGAUGCAACUAUUUAUGAGGUCGAAGACCCAGUUGAAUCUGUUCAUCCUUCAAAGGGCUUCCACGUUAACCACAGUGGGGUAUCCCAAGAAGAUCCAGAGGAUGAUGUGGGCAUGGUCCUUUCAGAUGAAGAGGAAAUUAUCAAUAGCUCAGAUGAAGAUGAAUUUAGCUCGGACUCCAGCAAAACAGAUCUUGAUAAUUCGGAAUGUAAAUCGGAAAAGAGACCAAGACAGAAGACAAAAGUAUAUUACAUUGCUAAGGAGAUCAUGAGCUCAGAGAAAGUGUUUGUCGAUGUCCUUAAGCUGUUGCAUAUUGAUUUCCGCUAUGCUGUGGCUCAAGCGUCCAAGAACCUCGGGAAGCCAGUGAUUGAGGACAGGAUCCUGAAUCAAAUCCUGUACUACCUGCCACAGCUGUAUGAACUCAACCGUGACGUACUACGGGAACUACAGGAGAGGAUGUCUCAAUGGAAUGAGCACCAGAAGAUUGCCGAUAUUUUUGUCAAGAAGGGUCCAUACCUCAAGAUGUAUUCCACAUACAUUCGUGAAUUUGAUCCGAAUGUAGCAUUACUAGAUGAGCAGUGCAAGAAGAAUUCUGCAUUUGCUGGAGUUGUUAAAGACUUUGAGAUGAACCCUCGUUGUGCUAACUUAGCUCUGAGGCACUAUUUACUGAAACCAGUGCAAAGAAUUCCUCAGUACAGACUACUUUUAACAGAUUACCUGAAGAAUCUUUCAGAAGAAUCAUCAGACUACAGUGACACACAAGCUGCCCUGAGUGUGGUGACUGAGGUUGCUAAUCAUGCCAACGACAUAUUGAAGCAAGGGGACAACUUUCAGAAGCUGAUGCAGAUCCAGUAUAGUUUAAAUGGCCAUCAUGAGAUUGUGCAGCCUGGAAGGGUCUUUCUAAAAGAGGGGACUUUAAUGAAGCUUUCCCGGAAGGUUAUGCAGCCACGAAUGUUUUUUUUGUUCAAUGAUGCCUUGUUAUAUACGACCCCAGUUCAAUCAGGGAUGUUCAAACUUAACAACAUGCUCUCUUUGGCUGGAAUGAAGGUGAGAAAACCAACCCAAGAGGCCUAUCAGAAUGAGCUAAAUAUAGAAAGUGUGGAGAGAUCCUUCAUUCUGUCAGCCAGUUCUGCUUCUGAAAGGGAUGAUUGGCUUGAAGCAAUUUCUACAGCAAUUGAAGAAUAUGCCAAAAAGAAAACAACCUUCAACCCAACAAAGAGUCAAGAAGAGACUGACCCUGAAGAGGAAGGUGAUAAUACGCUUGGCUCAAAAGCACCAAUUUGGAUUCCUGAUGGCAGAGCUACCAUGUGCAUGAUUUGUACUAGUGAAUUUACACUGACCUACAGAAGACAUCAUUGUAGAGCAUGCGGCAAGAUUGUAUGUCAAGCAUGUUCAACAAACAAGUACAGCUUGGAGUAUCUCAAGUACCAUUUAGCCAGAGUAUGUGAUCUGUGUUUUCAGCAACUCCAGAAACAAGAUAGUCCAAGCAUAGCUAAAUCAUGUUCUCCUGCAAACCAUAAGUCCCCCUCCAGUGCCCUUUCUUCAGUGCUGCAUAGCAUCCCAUCUGGAAGAAAACAGAAGAAAAUCCCAGCAGCUCUUAAAUUAUGCGCCAGUACAGAAGACUCCUCAAUGAGUGGUUACUUACAGAGAUCAAAGGGUAGCAAAAAGCCCUGGAAGCAGAUGUGGUUUGUGAUAAAGAACAAAGUCUUAUACACAUAUGCUGCUAGCGAGGAUAUCGCAGCCUUGGAAAGCCAGCCUCUACUAGGAUUUACAGUCAGUGUAGUACAGGAAGAGAGCACCGAACUGAAAGUCAUUCACCUGCUGCACAAAAACACUUUAUUUUACACCUUCAGAGCUGAUGAUGCUCAUACAACGGAAAGGUGGAUUGAAGCAUUUCAAGAAGGAACAGUAUUGUAACAACACCUAGAGACUUGCGAGUAAUUUGGACACUACAUACUGCCAUAGCAUUUUGAUAUAUAACUUCAUAUUUUUGGAUAUUCAUGUCUUUUAGAUCUUUUAUACAUUUGUAAAUUAGUUUUGUUGCAACUUCUGUACAGAUUAUUUAUUAAAAUACAGAUUUCAACCCGGAUGAAUGUG